UGGAACAAUUCCAUCCAAGCAACAAGAUUGCAGGUAACAUCCCUGACACCUUAGGAUGUGCCACAGCUCUUACCUAUGUUGUGCUUAGUAACAACAGCCUGACCGGUGGAAUUCCAUCUCUCUUGGCGAAUUGCUCCUCUCUGUACUACCUUGACCUCAUGAAAAACAACAUCAAUGGGCAGAUACCUGCUGCUCUAUUCAACAGCUCAUCUCUUGUUUUCUUAGAUCUCUCUGAUAAUGACCUGUCUGGUCCAAUACCAUCUUCACCAUCGAUGUCCUUAAAGCUGCAGUAUAUUAGCCUAGCUGCAAAUAACCUCUCAGGAAGCAUUCCUGACACACUAGGAAACAUUGCUUCCCUGUCUUCCCUAAAACUUGCUCUAAAUAACCUACAGGGAAACAUCCCAGAGAGUCUAAGUAGAAUCCCCAGUUUGCAAGAACUAGACUUGUCAUAUAACAACAUGUCAGGUACAGUUCCUUCAGCUCUUUACAACAUAACAUCUCUCAGUUAUCUUGGCCUUGGUAACAACCAGUUCGUUGGAAGAAUUCCAGCUGACAUCGGUUACACUCUCCCAAACAUUCAGACGCUAGUGCUGGAAGGAAAUGGAUUUGAUGGUCCAAUCCCUGUCUCUUUGGUCAAUGCUUCUUUGCUUCAGAGGAUAGAGCUCCGUGACAACGCGUUUAGUGGCACAGUUCCUGCUUUCUGGUCUUUGCCCAACUUGACAGAAUUGGACCUUGGUGCCAACAUGCUCGAAGAUGUAGACUGGAGCUCCAUGUCUUCAGCCACUAGUUCCCCACAGUUGCAGGUUAUAUAUUUGGAUAAUAACAAUAUUCAGGGGACUUUGCCUAGUUCCAUUGGCAAUAUCUCAAAAAGCAUACAGAUGAUCUACCUAACGAAUAAUAGAUUUACAGGAACUAUACCUUCAGAGAUAGGGAGUCUUACGAACCUAUCGAUUCUUAACAUGAGGGGAAAUUUAUUUUCUGGAGGCAUUCCUAACGAAAUUGGAAAUCUAAGAAACCUAUUUGUUUUAAGCUUAGCAAGAAACAAACUCUCUGGAGAAAUCCCUCAGUCAAUUGGUAACUUGGAAAAUCUAAGUGAAUUAUACCUUCAAGAAAACAGCUUGAGUGGGCCAAUACCUUCAGAAUUAGCAAACUUCAAGAGCUUGGUUAUGCUUAAUCUAUCCUGUAAUGCAUUUGAUGGAAGCAUCCCACCUGAGAUCCUUACAAUUUCCUCUCUUUCUGAAAGUCUAGACUUGUCCUACAAUAAACUCACUGGAUCCAUACCACCUACAAUUGGUGCCUUAAUUAAUCUUGGCUCCCUAAAUAUUUCCAACAAUCAAUUAUCUGGGGAGAUUCCUCAUGCACUUGGUGAGUGCCUUCACUUGGAAUCCCUUCGAUUGGAGGUGAAUUUUCUUCAUGGCAGCAUUCCAGAAUCGUUCAUGAGCUUAAGAGGUGUCACUGAAAUGGAUAUUUCUGAAAACAAUUUGUCUGGUGCAAUCCCAACCUUUUUGGAGACACUUACCUCUCUGCAGCUUCUUAAUUUAUCAUUCAAUAGCUUUGAGGGAACAGUUCCCACAGGUGGUGCAUUUGGUAAUUCAAGCAAGGUGUUCUUACAAGGAAACAAACUUUUAUGCACAACCAAGGCUACAAUGCUGCAACUACCACCUUGCACAAGUUCUACCUCCAACAGAAAGAGAAAUUCCUUGGUCAUAUCCGUAGUUGUUCCUCUUGCUCUUGCUGCCGCAAUCUUGGUGGCAUGUGCCACAAUAACUCUAUUCAAGAAGAGAACUAAGUGUGAAGAUGAUGAUGAUAUUGACCAAUCUUGCAUGGGGCUGAAAAAAUUUUCAUAUGCUCAGCUUAUCAAAGCGACCAAUGGUUUUUCUUCUGCCAACCUAGUUGGCUCAGGGAGAUUUGGAAAAGUCUAUAAAGGUACGUUGUCAUCUGAAACACACCCAAUCGCUGUUAAGGUGUUCAAACUUGACGAGAUUGGAGCACCGAAGAAUUUCUUUUCUGAAUGCGAGGUUUUAAAGAAUACUCGCCAUCGUAAUCUCGUCAGGGUGAUUAGCCUGUGCUCAAGCUUUGAUCAAAUGGGGAGAGUGUUCAAAGCUCUUGUUCUUGAGUACAUGGCCAAUGGUAACCUAGAAAGCUGGCUCUAUUCGAAGUAUAAAAGACCACUCAGUCUAGGAUCAAGAAUGACAAUAGCCACAGACAUUGCAGCUGCACUAGACUAUCUCCAUAAUUGGUGUACACCUCCCUUGGUUCACUGUGAUCUAAAGCCUAGUAAUGUACUUCUAGAUGGAGAUAUGUGUGCGCAUGUUAGUGACUUUGGAUUAGCAAAGUUUCUCUGCAGUGAUUCUUCUGCCAUGUUCAACAGCUUAACAAGUAUGGCAGGGCCAAGAGGAUCGCUUGGAUAUAUUGCGCCAGAGUACGGGUUGGGCUGUGAAAUCUCAACUGCAGGUGACGUUUAUAGCUAUGGAGUUAUUCUGCUAGAAAUGCUCACAGGAAAGCACCCAACUGAUGACAUCUUUAAGGAUGGGCUGAACAUUCACAAACUGGUUGAAUCAGCAGUUCCUCAUAAUAUUGGUGAUAUUUUAGAGGUCGAUCUCCUUGCAUGUUAUAAAUCCGAGGAAACAAGAAAUGACUUGGAGAACUCGAGCCAUGCAAUGGCUGGAAUACUAAGUUGUGUUACUCAACUGGCUAAUCUUGGGUUAAGGUGCUCCACGGAAUCGCCAAAAGAUAGGCCACGAAUUCAGGAUGUCUACGAUGAAAUUCUCCACAUCAAAGAAAUAUUCUCACUACUGGGCAGUUGAGUAACUUGCGGUAUCAGCCACGUUAAUUUUUCUGUAAUUUCACAAGUUAACCAUGUUAUGUAGAUGUGUACGCAAAGGGUAAACUACCCCAGCAUAAGAAUAAUGCGCAAUUAAUAUCUUACUUUUGUAUAUCAGGAUGCGAGUGAAUUUAU